AUGGCGGCGGCGAGGCGCUGGCACAACGCGGGACCGGCGAGUGGUGAAAGGCAUGGCGGUGCGACGACAAAUGGUGAAAGGCGAGCGGCGAAAGAGUGCGAGAAGCGCUUUUCGUUGGCUGGAAUGUUUAUUAUAAGACAUGUUCACUGUGUUGGCGAGCCUGUUUUCACGGCAGCAAAUGAGGUUAAACCUACAGAUAUAGCAAACCAGGGGUUGCAAGAGGCCAAGAAAAAGAAUGUUGAUGUAGUCAUAAUGGACACUGCUGGAAGACUUAAGAUUACGCCUUUGAAAAUCAUGCUUAACAAAGAGGAGAUGAUAUCCUGUAGGCUCAAGAACUCGACAACCGAGCUUCGUUACAGGAAGAAACUGAAUUUGGCUCACAACAGUCUACUCAUCAUGUCCAUGAGACCCAGGACGCAGUCGAGCUACUGGACCAGUUCAAAAAGCCACGUCGUCCAGCCAUCAGUGGUGUAUGGUCGCACCCUUGCGAACUAUAACAUCCACAGGGUGUUAUACAAGGUGGAUGGUUCCAGCAAGGUGAAGAAGUCGCUCUCCAGGCUGAAGCUCAACACCGUCUGCGAGGAAGCGCAGUGCCCCAACAUUGGGAAGUUCUGGAACGGCAGCUCCGACGGCAUUGCCACUGCCACAAUCAUGGUGCUCGGGGACACGCGCUGGCACAACGCGGGACCGGCGAGUGGUGAAAGGCAUGGCGGUGCGACGACAAAUGGUGAAAGGCGAGCGGCGAAAGAGUGCGAGAAGCGCUUUUCGUUGGCUGGAAUGUUUAUUAUAAGACAUGUUCACUGUGUUGGCGAGCCUGUUUUCACGGCAGCAAAUGAGGUUAAACCUACAGAUAUAGCAAACCAGGGGUUGCAAGAGGCCAAGAAAAAGAAUGUUGAUGUAGUCAUAAUGGACACUGCUGGAAGACUUAAGAUUACGCCUUUGAAAAUCAUGCUUAACAAAGAGGAGAUGAUAUCCUGUAGGCUCAAGAACUCGACAACCGAGCUUCGUUACAGGAAGAAACUGAAUUUGGCUCACAACAGUCUACUCAUCAUGUCCAUGAGACCCAGGACGCAGUCGAGCUACUGGACCAGUUCAAAAAGCCACGUCGUCCAGCCAUCAGUGGUGUAUGGUCGCACCCUUGCGAACUAUAACAUCCACAGGGUGUUAUACAAGGUGGAUGGUUCCAGCAAGGUGAAGAAGUCGCUCUCCAGGCUGAAGCUCAACACCGUCUGCGAGGAAGCGCAGUGCCCCAACAUUGGGAAGUUCUGGAACGGCAGCUCCGACGGCAUUGCCACUGCCACAAUCAUGGUGCUCGGGGACACGUGCACAAGGGGUUGGUGGUUUUGUGCGAUGUUACCUACAAAAGAGGGUUCAGAAAGUGUACUCGAGAAAAAAAUGACAGCUCAUAGAUACCGAGACAGCUAUCUUUUACAAAUGGUCUUUGCAACUGGAGUCGCUCGACACCGCCUUGAGUCAGGAGCAAUUUUGGGAACAUCUCCGGCCACGCAACUGCUUGCUAAUGAGCCCGGGGAUGCGGUUCGAGGGUCGCGUUUUGAAGCAGUCUUAGAUAACAGAGUUGAACUCAUAUGUAGCUUUAAGAAAGAGUGGGUUGUUAGCUACAUGAACAAUCUCGGGGGUAAGAGGGUUGAACUUUUUGCCAUGGGAAAUGGUCCUUAUGAUUCACAAGCUGAUGAGAAUUUCCGACUGGCAUCAGGUGAUAUAGAAAUCUCAAACCCGGAGCUUAUUGAUGUUGGAAUGAAGACGGCCUAUGAAACUGACCAAGCCAUGGAAUGUUCCAAACAGGUACAAUAUAGAAUUUUUGUGUUCGUGUGUGUUGAGUUCGUGUUUUUUUUUCUCUUUCUAUUCAAAAAAUCUUUCCAGCAUAUGUCUUAUAAUUAUUGGGUUAGUAUUAACUUUUAUUAUUGAAUUUUAUUUUCUUGGUAAGAAAUUAUGCUUAAAUUUAUCUGCAUAAAUAACUAUUGUCGAAUUGGUGAGGGGGUGUUGCAAUUAUUCAGCUCUUGUAAUGACAAGCACGGUGAUUUUUGUAGAGAUUGUCUGUGUGAGCCGAGAGGACUUAUCGUCUCUUUUCUUUGUGAAUUAAAGGUGGGUUCUAUGACGAAUUUUGUCUUCAGAUUGAGGUUGUAUUUUGUGUCAUGCUUUGUAUUGUAAUAGAAACCUAUGGUUGUGAUUGUCAUAUUGUGUUGGCUCUUGAAUUACUUUGGUUGGUCCUACCCUUAUGCAUUCAGUUGGUGUGUGUAAACAGGUGUAGUGUGAUUAUAAAAAUAUUGUAGUGAAUUCAUGGCUUAUGUUCUUCUCUAACGUUAACUGCUUUGUUGAUAUUGAUUUAAAUUGUGCAAAUUUUAGACUAACGCAAAAAUAAUUUACUACACUGAAUCUAAGUUGAGGCCUUUUUCUUUGCUGCUGAGAGAGAGGAAAAAUCAGCAAAAAUAAAGAAAAACACUCGAUGUCUCACCCAUUAGACUUUCUACGCUUGUUCAAAAUCCCUGUACCAAUAUAUUCCAAAAUUUUGUUUUUGGGUUAUCUUUUUAUGGUGAAGAUGGGCUUGCCUUUAUGGUGAAAAUUCAAUUUAUUUUGUUAACAACAAGUGUAAAAAAUGGACAUGAACUCCAUUGAUCAUUACAAAUAAUGAAAACUUUUCAUUGUAUUUAUAGACUAAAUUUGAGUCCGCCGUGCGUGCACGGCGUGACCCAACUAGUCUCUCUUAUCUAUAUAAGAACAAGUGAGCCUAUCUCAAAUGGUGACACAUGUCCAUUUUCAUUGCCUUCAAAAUGCAACACGUGUCCUUUUUUUGGAACAAAAAUGCCCUGCAUUUGGCCUCAUUUUACACUGCUACCCCUCAGUUACAUUUUCCCCUCAUUACCCUUUUUUUUUUUUU